UAAAAAAAAACAAAACUCUUCUCAACCACUCGAGAAGAAAACGUUAACAGCUAUCUCUCUCACACUGUGCGUGUUGAUCUUCUAUUGUGUUCUCUCGACUUCCCAGAGAAGGAAAAGAUGUGGUUUUUCGGAUCGAAAGGAGCAUCUGGAUUCUCGGCUCGUUCCACAGCAGAAGAAGUCACACAUGGUGUCGACGGAACUGGCCUCACUGCCAUUGUCACAGGAGCAUCGAGUGGUAUAGGAGUGGAGACAGCGCGUGUUCUUGCACUGCGUGGUGUGCACGUUGUCAUGGCGGUGAGGAACACUGGCUCUGGUGCUAAAGUCAAAGAAGAUAUCGUCAACCGUGUCCCUGGAGCUAAACUAGAUGUCAUGGAGUUAGAUCUCAGCUCUAUGGACUCUGUCAGGAAGUUUGCUUCUGAUUACAAAUCAUCUGGUCGUCCUCUCAACCUCUUGAUCAACAACGCUGGGAUAAUGGCAUGUCCUUUUAUGCUCUCUAAGGACAACAUCGAGCUGCAAUUCGCGACCAACCAUUUAGGUCAUUUUCUGUUGACAAAGCUUCUGCUUGAUACAAUGAAGAACACAUCACGCGAGAGCAAGAGGGAAGGCAGGAUUGUGAAUCUAUCAUCAGAAGCUCAUCGGUUCUCGUAUCCACAAGGAGUCCGCUUUGAUAAGAUCAACGACCAGUCAAGUUACAGUAGUAUGCGAGCUUAUGGACAAUCUAAACUCUGCAACGUUUUGCACGCAAACGAGCUUGCAAAGCAACUGAAGGAAGAUGGAGUCAAUAUAACAGCAAACUCACUUCAUCCAGGAGCCAUUAUGACAAAUCUUGGGCGCUACUUCAACAGCUAUUUGGCUGGAGCUGUUGGUGCAGUGGCUAAAUAUGUUCUCAAGACUGUUCCUCAGGGGGCGGCGACGACUUGCUACGUGGCAUUGAAUCCUCAGGUUACAGGAGUUACAGGGGAAUACUUCUUGGAUAGCAACAUUGCUAAACCGUUAUCACUUGCCAAAGAUUCAGAGUUGGCCAAGAAGGUUUGGGAGUUCAGCACUAAGCUUACCGAGGCCCAGUCAGGAGAAAGUAGUUCUUGAAACUAGAAUGUUCAGUGAAUCUUUACGUUGUGAUUUCUAUUUGAGUAUUUACCAAAGUAAAUAAAAUGUAAUAACAAAUCUGAAUCAUCUCAACUCUGCAAAAUGUUGGUUUAGUUCUGGUUCUAACCGGUUUGGUUUC